UUUGCUAGAAUGAAAAAUGGCGGUUCUUGAAAUUUAUUCUCAUCCAGUUGAUCAGCGAUAUAAAGCUAGUUUGUGCUCGAGUGCAACAUUUUUUGUGAUUGCAGCAUUCUUGUUUACACUGUUUGCACCGUUCAUAAUAGUUUUCUGGAGUGAAGGGUUAUGGCUCAAGACAGCUUUCUACCGGGAGCAGCCCACGGUUCAGUUCAAACACCAGAUGCUCCUCCUUGUCGACACGCAAGAUGAAGCGUCGUACCUCGCCUGGAGCACCUACCAGAACUUCAACCAGUUGCAGCAACAACACCUUAGGAUUCCCCUUGUCAAGACAAGAGAAGAAGAUAACAACCGUGAUGGCAAGUACGACAUGCUGCAUUUCUCUGUAUCAGUACCCGUCCUGGCAACGGAAAGCGUCUUUGGCGUCAAACUCAUUCUGCUCUUUGACUACAGGUUAUACAGGUUUUCCUCCUUGAGGAUGGAGACUAUGGCUUAUAUUGAGCACACGUCACCACUGAGUGGUUCAGAGUUCAUUGCAGACGGUGAGCUGAGGUUACGCCUAAAGAUGCCUCUCUCUCACAAGGCAUUAGACACGAGAUACGAUACUGCCGUCAUCAAUGGGGACAGUGUCUUCAGUUCAGAUUACCAGCUGUCAAAAAUAUUCAGUGAUUACAUUUCAAGAAAUGUGAGCACAUAUUUUGAAUGUCGCUACCCUGUCUGGCAGAGAGGCCCAAGUUCCUCUGAAACAUUCCUGAUCAGAGGGACUGUGCGCUACCCAGAGGAACUCUUAGUGUAUGUCCCCGGAUUUUUCCAAGUGAUGGUGUGGGCCUGGGUGCAGUAUCUCUCCUCCUCCUCAUUUUCAUCUACCUCAUGACCAGAGUCAAGACGUUCGUCUUUCAGAAUCAGCUCAUCCGAACUCUGGUGGAGCGGCCCUUUGUCCCUAAGGACAAGAGGCUUUGAAAAGC